CACCGAGCCUUCCUUUCCCCGGUGCCGUCAGCGGACCCCAACGUGUCCUGACAAAAUGGCACUUUAUAAUUUCAAGAAGAUUAUGGUGGUUCCCACCGCCAAGGACUUCAUCGACAUCACUUUGUCCAAAACGCAAAGGAAGACGCCCACAGUCAUACACAAACAUUACCAGAUCCAUCGUAUCCGACACUUUUAUAUGCGAAAGGUGAAGUUUACCCAGCAGAACUACCAUGACCGCCUCACGCAGAUCCUCACCGACUUCCCCAAGCUCGACGACAUCCAUCCAUUCUAUGCUGAUCUGAUGAACGUGUUGUACGACAAAGACCAUUACAAACUGGCCUUAGGUCAGAUAAACAUCGCCAAGAAUCUGAUUGAUAAUGUUGCCAAAGACUAUGUGCGUCUGAUGAAAUAUGGAGAUUCUCUGUAUCGGUGUAAACAGCUGAAGAGAGCCGCUCUGGGUCGUAUGUGCACCAUCCUGAAAAGGCAGAAGUCAAGUCUGGAGUAUCUGGAACAAGUGCGUCAGCAUCUGUCCCGUUUGCCAACAAUUGACCCCAACACCAGGACCCUGCUGCUGUGUGGUUACCCCAACGUCGGCAAGUCCAGUUUCAUCAACAAGGUGACCAGAGCGGAUGUUGAUGUCCAGCCUUACGCUUUCACCACCAAGUCUCUGUUUGUGGGUCACAUGGACUACAGAUACCUCCGCUGGCAGGUGGUGGACACCCCUGGUAUCCUGGACCACCCCCUGGAGGAGAGGAACACUAUAGAGAUGCAGGCCAUCACGGCUCUGGCUCACCUGCGAGCGGCGGUCCUUUAUGUCAUGGACGUUUCUGAGCAGUGCGGUCACACCCUGCAGGAACAGCUGGAGCUUUUUAACAACAUCCGACCCCUGUUCGCCAACAAGCCUCUCAUCAUUGUGGCCAACAAAUGUGACGUUAAGAAGAUCAAUGAACUGUCCGAGGAGAAUCAGAAAAUCUUUGCAGACCUCUCUGCUGAGGGAAUCUCUGUGAUUGAGACCAGCACUCUGACCGAGGAGGGAGUCAUGCAGGUUAAAAAUGAGGCCUGUGACCGGCUCCUCGCCCAUCGUGUUGACACCAAGAUGAAGGGCAAGAAGGUCCAUGAUGUUCUCAACCGGCUCCACCUGGCCAUGCCUGCCAAGAGAGAUGAGAAGGAGAGGCCUCCGUUCAUCCCAGAGGGAGCCUUGAUGCGCAAGAAAGCGAUGGAGGUGGACACACCCAAACGCAAACUGGAGAGAGAUCUGGAGGUGGAGCUUGGCGAUGACUACGUUCUGGACCUACAGAAAUACUGGGAUCUGAUGAACGAGAACGAGAAGCACGAUAAGAUCCCUGAAGUCUGGGAGGGCCACAAUAUCGCAGAUUACAUUGAUCCUGACAUCAUGAAGAAACUGGAGGACCUGGAGAAGGAGGAGGAACUGAAGGAGAGAGCCGGAGAGUAUGACUCCGAUGACGAGAGCGAGGACGAAGAGAUGCAGGAGGUCCGUGUUCUGGCCAAACAGAUCCGUGAGAAGAAGCAGCUCAUGGUCGUGGAGUCAAAGGAGAAGGAUGUCCAUGGGCCUCGCAUGCCGAGGACCGCCACCAAGGUUGAAAGAAAGAAACUGGAGAAGGAGAUGGGAAACCUCGGUCUGGACAUGGACGACAAGGACGAUAGCCACUACGCACAACAGGCCCGACGUUCCCGCAGCGUCGCUAAGAAACGCAAGCGUGAAGCUUCGGCCCCUCCGACCUCCAAAACCCGCAGCCAGAGCGCCUCCCGUCCACCACGAGACCAGUCUGGUUUACGAGAUCCUAAGAUGGCAAAGAAGGCAAAGAAGAUGAUGAAGAACUCCCAGAAAGGCAUGAACCGCCAAGGCAAGAAGGGAGAGUCAGACAGGCACGUGUUUGACCUCAAACCCAAACACCUCCUGGCCGGGAAGAGGAAGUCAGGCACCACAGAUCGCAGAUAAAACCGCUUUUUCUGGACUGUCGAAACUUUUACACUCUUUGGGGAAAGAGAGGCUUCUCUGUGGGGACAGUAUUUGUGUCUUUAUUCAGUGCAUUUCCCCAGCAAUAAAAAAAGAACAUGAACUAUCUUUGAUUUUAAUUGAGGAAACUCUGAUUUAAAAAAAGCUGCUGGGGAAAUACACCAACACGUUUAAAUGAUUAAUAAUUACAAUAAUAGUGUGUCUUUUGUCAGUGCUAAAGCUUUUGCUCACAAAACUAAACUUUCAGAACUGAAGAUCUCAGAAUCAUAUGGAAGAGCAGACACUCAAAAACAGUGAUGAUGGUUAAUGUCUGAUUUUGUUACUGCGUUUGCCAUGAUCAAACUUUGACCCUGAUCAACAGUAAAAAUAUCAAAUAUUAUUCAGUUGUUAAACUGACUUGUAUGCAAUAUCACUAGUUUAUCUCUUGUUAAUAGCAGUUAGGUAAAAUUUCAUGCCUUACAGUUUGUAUGUGACUCAGGAAAUGCUGGGUUUACUUCAGAUAAAGUGAUGAUGCUUCCUUCAGCGUUCUCUUCUUGAGAAGUAUUCGAUAACAAAGGGGCCCAAAUAAAUAUACACACGAACU